GUGCUCUUCGGGAGACGCCGGAGCGAUCGCGAGCAGCAAGCGAGAAGAUGGGGAUCGCCGCCGCCGCCGCCGCCGCCAAGCACCUCCUCCUCCUUCUCCUCAUCUCCAUUGCUCCUCUAGCGCUGGCCGAUCAGCUGAGCCCCAAGGAGUGCGAGGAUCUUGGCUUCACUGGCCUCGCCCUCUGCUCCGAUUGCAACACCUUCGCCGAGUACGUUAAGAACGAUCAUGAACUGGUAUCUGACUGCCGAAAAUGUUGCACAGACGAUUCGGAUGACUCCAUGAGUAAGGUUACAUUUUCUGGCGCAAUUUUGGAGAUAUGCAUGAGAAAAUUGGUUUUCUAUCCUGAAAUAGUGGGAUUCAUUGAGGAAGACAAAGAUGAAUUUCCAUCUGUGAAAGUUCAAUAUGUGUACGGUUCUCCCCCAAAACUACUAAUGCUGGGUGAUGAUGGUUUUCAAAAUGAAAGCAUAAGAAUCGACAACUGGAAACGGGAAAACAUUCGGCGAUUCCUGAAGGAGAAGGUGAAGCCUGAUCUAUCAGCAAACUGAUAAACCCCAUCAGGUUCCUGCUUUACAACAACAACAACAUUCAGAUGUGCUGUAUCUUUUUCUAGAUUGUUAAUUUUCUUAAUUUGGUCUCAUAAACCACAAGAUCAAAAUAAAAAUUAUUAUUGUUAUUGUACUUGGAUUAAUUUAGUUGCUACUUUCUAUUUCUUUGGAGACUGAAAAAAAUCAGUUGCUUUAUGUUCAAAA